AGGUCGGCGAUUGUCAUCGCCGUCCGGAAAAAUGGACCGAAAGCUCAGGUCGAUCCACUAAAAGCGAGUCGCAGAUAUCACUCCUCUUCCAUCUCCGAACAAAAUCGCCGAACCUCUACGAUUCAUCUCUCCCUUCUCUCUCUCUCUCUCUCACACACACACACACACAUCUACAAUGACGACCGACAUGGAUCCACCGCCGCCCCGGAACCCAAGCACCACCGCCGCCGAAGAGUUUCCGUCGACGGAGCCCGAAACCAAAACCCUAGACGACGAACUGCCCUCCACCUCUGCACCACCCGAAAAUCCGAUGGCUCCCCCACCGCCUAAAAAUUCCGAACCCUCUGAAUCCGGAGGCAGUCACGAACAUCCUCCCCAGGAGGAAGUCCUCAAAGAAGGCUCCAUCAUUGAUCAAUCUCAUGUAGACGAAAAGGAGGCGUCUAUGUUUGGGCGUGUAGAUCUCCGUGAUUUCGUCCUGGAGCACCCAACUAUUUCUCGCUUUCACGCGGAUAAUAGUUGUAGCAUUAGGAUGAAUGUGGAUGCUGUUCAUGAGGCUCCUGCUUCUAGCGAAGACAUGAAUACUGUUGAGCCAGAGGCAGAGCUAACGAAUAUUGAUUCACUUGAAGUUAUCUCAUCUCAUGGAGAUAUGGUGCAAGAAGUUGGAACUGCUUUUGAGUUUCUAACUAGAAUAGAAUUAGAUUUAGCAUGUUCUUGGGAGAAGUUGAUGAAUUUGAAUAUACUUAUAAUGCAUGUGGCAACAAGGGAAAGUGAUUUUGAGGUCUUCGUAUCAGACAACGAGCAUACCUUGGUUGAUUGUAUUGUGAAGGCAAUGGAAUUUGAUAUUUUGUCUGGAAUUUUGGACUCAGAGAUGAGAGAAGUUCAUGACUUCUUAUCUAGUGUCCGAAUAGAUAUUGUCAGUGCCGGUGAGAUUGUAUCUUCAUGCAGGCACUUGGGACAACCUUUGAAGGAGAUGGAAGAUAAACUACAUGAUUCUGAACAGUCAUUGCAACAGGCACUAGACCAGGUUUCAGAAAUAAGGGUGCAAUCUGCAAAGUUCCAGAAGAUCCUGUCAACUUACGGUGGGGAAGAAAAUUGGGAAGACAACAAUGGUAUAGACUUGUCAGGAAACAAUGAACUUUUGGACCAGAAUGCAAAUAUCAGAAUGCAGACUGCUGAACAACAGCGGCAUAUUCUGAGGAUGCUAGAGAAAUCUUUGGCAAGAGAGUUAGAUCUUGAGAAGAAGAUAGGUGAGUCGAGACAAACUGAGGAAGAGCUGAAAUUAAGAAUGCAUGCUUCAGAACAGGAAUUUUUAUUCAUGGAAGAAGAAGAGGUUAUUUGGGAAAGGUUGUAUGAGGCAGAAAAUACUGCUGAAGUCCUGAUGGGAAUUUCAAAAGAAACACUGGGUCGACUUCUGAUUGCCCAGUUAAAUCUUAAUGGUUCAAUUAAACAUGCAGAAAACUUGAGAUUUGAGCUUCAGGAGUCUGUUAUAAAAUUGGAAGCAAAAGACAGUGCUUUGAAAAAGAUCCGAGAUAAAUUAACCACUGCUGAUUCUGAGGCUGUCCAUUUGCGAGAGAAGGUGACUUCACUUGAGAAGAAACUGAAAGAAUCGGAUACUGAGUUGCUAAAUGCAAAGGCCUCUGCUGAUGUAAGUCAUGCAGUUCAUUCCAAAAUGCAUGAAAUGGAGAAGGAAAUCGAGGACCUGAAAGAAAAAAUUUCUGGAGCAGAAAACACUGCCGAGAGUGCAGAAGCCAAGUGUAAAUUGUUAACUGAGACUAAUCUGAAGCUAAAUGCAGAACUGGACAUUUUUAGAGGUAGUGGAAGUGCGUCUGAGAAGGUUGAUUCACUUGAGAAGCAGUUGGGGGAAUCCAAUUUUCAGCUACAGCAUGCAUUAGCAGCUGCUGAAGCAAGCAAGGAAAAGCAAAGCAUGUUAUACUCCACAGUUCAUGAUAUGGAAAAUGUAAUUGAGGGGUUGAAGUUGAGGGUUUCAAAAGCUGAAAAUCGGGCUGACAGUGCAGAAGAGAAGUGUAUUAUAUUAUCAGAAUCCAAUUCAUAUCUCAAUGAAGAACGAAGUUUUCUUAUGAGUAGAUUGAAAUGCUUGGAGGCAGCCCUGCACAAAGCUGAGGAAACUAAAUUGGAAACUGCAAAUGAUAUUGGCAUUCGAACUAAGUUGAUUACAAAUUUGGUGAUGCAACUGGCCCUUGAAAGAGAGCGCCUUCACAAGCAGAUAUUGUCAUUGACAAAGGAGAAUAACAUUUUAUUACAGCAAGCUGACAAGAAUCCUUCCAGAACAAGCUAUGAUGAUGGUAAAGGGAACUACAAGGACUUGUUCCCCAAGGUUGGAUCUGGUGCCACAACUUCUGCGGGAGAAAUUAAAGAAACAAUCAAUUUCUCAGCUACCAGUACCAAGGGGGACAUGACAUCAAAUAUUGCGUCCGUUGGUGAGGCAGAGUCGGAGCCUGCAGAUCCUACGUCCACCCUUGAGAGUGCAAGGAAUAUUGAUGCGAGGCAGCUUAACUUGAGAUACAGUUUUAUGGCAGCUGUCGCACUUGUGAUUUCAACAUUAGCAGCCAUUUGGUUUCAAAAUCGACAAGGUCAAUUUUGAUGGUUCUGAAUAACAUCUUUGUUAAUGAAGUCAGUGCUUUUUAAUACUUCAGGAUCUUCAAUUAAGCAUCAGCCCACCCGAUCAGAUUGAUUAGGGAGCUUUCUGUUACUCAGGUACAUCAUUCUGACUUCAUCAUCCUUUUUUCCUCCUUAUGAAUAUGAGGACUUGGCAGGAGUAGAAACCAGGCCAAUGAUCUAUGUUUUGGUGGGGGAAAUGCUUUUCUGGUUGAUGUAGAAAUUCACAGUCAAUCUAUAUAUAUAUAUGUGUGUGUGUAAUGGAAAAACUUACAUAUAUAACAGCCUUUGUAUUUUUAUUUUUUAUUGUUUUUGUCCGGCAAGCAAAAAAAUCUUUGUAUCACAGACCCUAGUUGGAUUAAAGCUCGGUGGUGGUGUUUUAUCUU